UCCAAGGGACAGGCACAAUAUGAGAUGCAUGGGAGUCUGAGCAAAGCUGGAACAGGGUAUCAUUCAGUGCUGUAGGUUGCUCUGCAGACCUUGUUUUCUGGAGGGAAACUGAGGGGCUGGACACAGGAGACGGACACAGGAAUUCCAGGUCACAAGGGCUCCUGUGGCAGAACAGUAUUGGCUGGGUUGGGCUGGUAUUCCAACCUCUCGCUCUCAUGGUUAUGAGUACGAAAGAGUAGCACCAAGGAGGGAGUAAACAUAAAGAAAAGGAAAACUCUCUGAAGCACCUUCAGGCUUGUGUUUUGCUUCAGUGGUCAACUUCCGACCUGACUACCUCAUGAUGGGAUCAUCUGUGCUAACUUGUUCGCUGCUGCUGGUUUCCACUUUGGGAAAUAAUUUUGUCCUGGUGUCUGGAGGUUGCUCAGGGAAAUGCUGCAGAGGUAGAGACUUGAGCUGUCUGACCACUGACUGGAGGAUGGAUAGAGUGUAUGGGACAUGCUACUGCGAUGAGGGCUGCGUCAGGACCAAGGACUGCUGCUUCGACUACUUCACUGAGUGCCCAGCUCAGGACUGUGCAGUGAGCAACUGGAGCUUCUGGAGCGGAUGUGCCAAGCCCUGCAAACCCUCAGUGCGAGUCCGUGUCCGACACGUAGAGCAGCAGCCAGGUAACAGCGGAGAGCCCUGUCCCAGCCUGCAGGAACAGAGUGGCUGCAGGGAGUACAGAGACCACCAGGGUGGACCCUGUGGACUCCACUCAGGUCCUGCAUUCAUCACCAGUGCGGAGUUUGGCAAAGGAAGGCCCAAACAUGACAACUAUGGAAACCCUCUCGACCCUGGGUUUUGUGUUGAAUUCACACUGGAGUCCCGGACACCCCACUGUACGGUGCAGAACCGGCCUCACACACACUGGAUGCGCUACAUAACCGAGGGCUUUAAAGUGUGUGUGGCAUGUGAGCCUCCUGCCAUGCGAAACAACAGUGGCAGCUGCCAAGGAGACGGUCAGGAAUCAGAGAAAGAGGCUGUGCUCCACUGGCAGGCAGUAGGGAACCAUCAGUGCAGCGGCACAUGGAAGAAGAUCCAGAGAACCCAGCAGUGCAACUGUCCACCCCAGCACAGCUUCGUCUUCAUCUGAUCACAAACUACGGACCACAGAAAACCAUGAACUGGUGUCUACAAUACCAUCUCAUUAAUGAAACGGAAACACUCAGAUCACAUGUCUGAACCCAGUAAGAACAGAUUUAAGCCAUACCAUUGUUACAAUGUAAAUGUUUAUAAAAAUAUGCUACACAUUGCUUUAUAAUUAACUUUCAAAUAACUAGUCUUGAUGCACAUUUCCAUUGU